CCUUAUACUGAUAAAGUAAAUGUAGUACUUAAAUCAUUUUGAGAUGGAGAUAAAUAAUUCAAACAUAAGCAAUGAUAUGAUAUCCCUCUCUCUUGACCCCAUUCUGAUCUUUCAACUAGUAUAUAUAUAACAAUCAUUUCCCACUUCCCGAGUCCCUCCAUCUCCAUCUCCAUAAUUCAUUCAUUGCUAAAAUUCUUAACACAAAAAUAUUUCAAAGGAGGGCCGGAAAAGGACUACAUCAUCUCCCAAAAAAAAAAAAGCAAAAAUAUGGCUAAAAAUCCCAAUUACAAAAAAAGUUAUUCAACAUCCUCACUAGUAGUAGUACUAGUCAUGGCAGCUUCCAUUUUGGCGGCAGCAGCUCAGUCGCCGAUGUCGGCGCCGGUGGCGGCACCGGUAGUGUCUCCGAUGGCGGAACCGGCGCCGGCACCGGGACCGGAUUGCAUGGCGUACUUGCUGAACCUGUCGGAUUGCUUGAGUUAUGUGCAACAAGGAAGCAACUUGACCAAACCGGAAAAGCCAUGCUGCCCGGAAGUGAAGAAUUUGGUGAAUGAUCAGCCCAUUUGUUUGUGUGAAUUGCUGGCCCAUCCGGAUCAGUCUCCCAUCCCGAUUGAUGUUCCCAGAGCUUUUGGUUUGCCUUCCGUUUGUAAGAUUGAUUUGCCUUUUACCCCAGCCAGUGGUUGUUCACUUCUAGGUGUACCUAUUGCUGCUCCAGCUCUCUCUCCUGCCGGUGACAGUGCACCGGAACCAUCAUCUGGUAACCAUUUAACCAUUUAUUUUCCUCAAAUCUUUUUAAGUAGAUUAUUUAUACUCCUUAUUUUUCUUCUUCUAAAAUUAAUUAAUAUAAUGAUUUAUCCUUUUUUUUCCCCCUACUAGGAGGUACAGCAUCCCCCCCUGAAGGAUUGUCAUCAAGUCCUUCAUCUACUCCAAGUGGAAAUGCACAAAAAAUUGGAGGCUCCCAAAGACACUUCCUCGGCUUAUUAUUAGCUAUUGUGGUUUUCGCUAGUUUCUUCUAGAUCGAUUUCGAUUUUAUUUUAUUUGAUUUGGUGUAUAAUUUCCACUGAUUGAUGAAUUCUUUAUUUUCAAUUGUCGUGUAUUGAGAAUAGCUUGAUUUAGUUCACAUUUUAAGUGGUACGUACAAAUAAUCUUCGAAAUGUUGUUGCAUAUAUAAUGAUAUUGAACUGUAAUGCAUAUAAGAUGAGAUAAAUUACUUCAUUGUAAGAGAUAAGUCGAUUCUCCAAUUAUAAGGUUCACAUUGCACUAGUUUAAUUUGGUCAUUUUAAUUUAUUUAUUUAAAAAAAAAAUCAAGUGCACAUUUUACCCC